GAUAAUAAAAGCAACCAAGGGUUCGGAUUACUCCUAAACGACUCCUAUCAAUGAAUAUAUGUUCUUUCGUCAAUUCUUAUGAGUGGAAUGUCACUAAAGUAUCCUAACUCCUGUUACGGCAGCGAGAUUGUGAUUAAAUCUACGUGUGAAUAUCGUCAUUGUUCACAUUCAUCUAAAGUUAACCCAUUGAAUAUUAGGCCAUUACAAAACCACCAUAUUCAAUUGAGGUAUAUUUUAUCCACAAUAUGAAUAUGACUAAGCUUCAAGUGCAUGGUUUAUAACUCAACAUUUAUCUCCAGCACAACCCGGUGGAUCAUGGAAGCCGUCUCUACCUUCACGGGACUUACUAUCUGGAACCCGUGCUCCACCUUCACGGGACUUGCUAUCCGGAACUCAUCAAAUGUCGGGGAGGAGAGGAGUGCGAGGAACACUAUAGAGAGCGGGGUAAAAGGGGUGCUCAUCCAUAUCACAAAAGAGCUCCUCAAAACUCAUUUCAACAUCACCGAGCUUGGCCGCCCCUUCACCCUUUCUCAAGACGGAGCAAUCGAGAGUGAUACCUACUAUCACCCAACCACGGCGGCCCAAUACGUUGGGCUUGAGGAGAGUUGUUUGCACAUUUGGGCUCGCCUAUUAUGCUAUCUCUACUCCUUUAUUGUGAUGCCUCGAGCUAGCGGGCACAAUAAGAUAGGUGCGUCGACCUAUACUUUGCAUACAAGAUGCAAAGCGGCCUUGGAGAAAUAAAAGGGAUUCCUCUUUCGGGCAUCAUCAAUAAACAACUAUGGAACGUCAUCUUGAGUCAAAAUCAAGAUAAGACUUUUGUAUUCCCUAUUUUACUCUCUACCAUUUUUCAGCAUUUCAAUGUUAUUGUUAGAGGAGAAGAGGAGAGGGAAACUUAUUCCAUGCUUGAUGAUGGUGUCAUGAGACAUCUACGUUACUUCCAAGCGGCACCCGGAGCACCUAGGAGAUGUGCAGACGGCUUCCACCAGGUUGUGUGAUACAGUACCGGCAGAGGCUGGGAUGAGUAAGCCUUGGGUUACGUAUGUCAGGAGGAAGAGAGAUUGAUUUUCAGUUAGUUUUAUUGAGUCAGCAUUUUAAUUAUUGUAUUUUCUUUUAUUCGUCCUAGGAUUGAGUCAAGAAGUCUUUGCUGAAUUCUAGUAGUUAGUUCCUGGCACUUCUCCAACUAACAUAGUGGAGUAGUGGGUAGUGGAGUAGUGGGUUUCCUAGGAUUGAGUCAAGAAGUCUUUGCUGAAUUCUAGUAGUUAGUUCCUGGCACUUCUCCAACUAACAUAGUGGAGUAGUGGGUAGUGGAGUAGUGGGUUUCCUAGGCUAGGAUUUACUAUUUAAUAGAAGGUCUUGUUCUCAGUUGUAAUCAUCUGAAUUCAUCAUUAAUCAAAGAAAGAGUCGUAGGACUGUCUUCCUGCAAAUUAUGCCUCCUUGCUAGAUUCUGGCAUUGAGUGGUCUAUCAUUGUGCCGGAAGUAGAUGACGAUAUGGCGGACAUUCUAGGAGGAGGGGAAGUUCAUGAAGAAGCCCACGACCAAGGAGAUGAGCACCAAGAAGAAGAGGCUCGUGCACCCCCAACCGGAGCAACUUAUGAUAUGGAUUACAUGAUCGAGCAAUUCGGUCAAAUCCAUACGGAGCUAGCGGAGCAUAGGGAUGGGAGGACACCUUUGGAAUAUGAACCACUAUUGUCAAGAGUUGGGGCGGCACUUUAACAUACCUCCACCACCACAUAUGACCCAAACUUCUACUUCCCCCACCGAGGAGAUGGAAAUGAAAAUGAUAGUAGGUUAUGAAAAAAAGGGAAGUGUACUAUACAUUUAAACUUAGAAUUUUUUUUCUAGUUUUUUGAACUCUCUUUUUGUUACUCAUGUGCUUAUGUGUUUAUGUGUUAAUUUUUGCCUCUCUUUUGUUGUUGCCUUACCUUUAUUGUUUCUUGUGAUGUAAAAUUGA